CUUCGGUUUUCCCUUUCUCGCCGGUGAAUUCGGUUCGUGCAAAGAGUGUCGGUACAGCGACUACCAGUUGACGCACGACCAUGCGCGGAAAGUCGGUCAUUCGUGCAAAAAAAUAUUUUGAAAAACAUCGUACAGCCACGGUCUUUCGUUCAUCGCCACUGCGUCCGGUCUUGCUAGGAAAUUGUUUGUCGUUCUUGCCGUGCUUCUGCUAUUCGUAGUUUUCACGAAAGAAAUUUAUUCCGAUCGCAACAUGACCACUCUGUGCAGGUCCCGCUAGUACCAAGAAAAGUGAAUUUCACUGCUGGUGGUGCGGAAGAUAAAGAGGUUUUCACUUCUUCCUCUCUCCACCUACACCGAGUCUUCUACUACUUCUAGUACUAUCGGUAUCCACGACUGCCGUGGGGCUUGAAGAAAAAGAAUUUGUUCUUACGACCAGCGAGCAAUUGAGAAAAAAGUUCUUUCUUACGUCAUCUUCGUAGAGAAAUAAAACCAUGUCCGACACGUACUGGGGUUUUACGCGACCGUAUGCGCACCGCACGGUGCCGGAGAAGUGGUCCCGGAUGAACGGGUACCACUACAACACGACCACCGCGUUCGAAGACGCCGCACCCAAAGCGAUCGGCGUCGGGGCGCUGCUGGGCGAGCCCAUGCAGGCGCUGGGCGCGAAGGCGAACCAGGUCCUGCACGCCGACGACAAUCCCGUUCUCGAGCGUCCGCAAAGCCGGCAAUUCUGCAUGGCCUCCUACGGCCUGCGCCAACGCAACGCCUGGACGGACACCCUGCGGGACUGCAACCCGAGGCCUUACAGUAUAGUUGUUUGUUAGUAUCUUGUUCCACUUAAAGUGUAGUUGUUCAUGUUCUGGAAAAUAAGCUGUCGGCUUCAUAUUGUGUUGCUGUUGCUUGGAUUUUUUUCGAUGAAUUUUGUAUGCAUGCAAUACGAACUCGAACUUGAAGAGCUAUGUUCCUGCUAAAAAUGAUCAUGAUGUUCGAUUUUGAAUGUGCCAACAUGCGCAACAUGAACAUGCGACAUGAAUUUUCAUCAACUCAAAUAACUCCAGCUGCCGGUCCGACUUUCGUCAACUAUCCGGGCACUCUUCGCGACGCCCGGGGCCGACCGCUGCCGCGGCAAAUCCCGGGCCCGCACCCGAGACCAGCCACCGCCAUGCGACAGAAGCCCAUGUCCAAGAGAACGCAGCAGACCUUAGCGGCAAUCUUGGCGAUGCCGCAGAACCAGCAGAAAGUGGCGUUCAAAUGAAAAAGACUCGUCGUGGUCAGGUAGACAUAGACUACACAGGAGCGGUUUUUUUUUUUGACAAAGUUCAAGACCAGCAUGAGGUAGAUGUUUUUUAAAGUCGUACUUCAUAUCAGGAUACAUAUUAGAAGACCCAUAUGAACCAUGAGCCCGUAUUUACAUUAGUGUUGGUAAUCCCCGACGCAAUCUUCGCAUAUCAUAAUUUCUGAGACUCGCUUUUAUUGCGUAGUCUGAUGUAAAACUGCGCUAUUUCGUCUUUACUUUCUUCUCCCCCAGAACAAGCUUGUCUUUGUGUACUUAUUGUCGGUCUAGCAUAAUUCUCGUUUUCGUUGUACCCAUUUGAUGGUCCACCUAGGACUACACUAGUAGUAUUCUACCGUACCAGCGCAUGCGCAUCAUGAUUGAAAGUGAAGGAGACCACUUGAAAAAUAUCGCGUCUACAUAGAUCAUACUACCGAAGUAGAACUACGAUGGCAUAACUCUUUGACACAUGGGGUAGAAGUGUUACUGUUGUAACGUGCAAAAUCAUCAAAAAACUCUCGCGACGAAUAACAAACUUGAAACACCUACCUGACCAGCCCUUCGGCGUUCCUUUGGGAAAAG